AUGUCAGAGUCUGUAAUAGAACUACUACGGUUAAGUUUAACCAUUAUGAUUGAUCAAUUAAAAAAUAUAAUAUUACUACCUAUUCAUAAUUAUCAACAUUUUAAGCAAGAACAACAAUUACUAAUAGAAUAUUCAAAACCAAAAUUAAUAGAAUCAACAGAUACAUUACUACUAAAUUCAACAAAUACAAUUGAUGAUGAUUCAAUUUUUACAAUAACUUCUUCAUUAAGUUCAAUUGAUAAUAUUUAUAUAAAUAUAAUAUCAAUAAUAUUUGUAUUUAUAAUGUUUUCAAUUGUUUUAUAUACCAUUUUAUACAAUACAAAAUAUGAAAUAAAUAAUGAAAAUUUAAUAGAAAUUGUUGAAAUUAAAGACUUGGGUACAGUGACACCUCAAUUUAUUCCAAUUAAUCAAGAAUUAAGUAUUGAUAAUAUAAAUAAAAUUUCAAUAAAUAAUACAUUAAGUAGUAAUAGCAGUGAUAAAAAUAAUUUAUUAUUAAAAAGAACUUUUUCAAAUACAAGUUCUUUAAAUUCAUUUAAAUCAAAUUCUACUUUCCUUGAUUCUGGUUCAGGAAGUGGUUCAGGUACAAAUUCAGGAAAUUCAAAAUUUAAUUUUGAUAAUUCUGGAUUUUCACCUUCUGAAAGAUUAAUUAAUUUUAGUAGAUCAUAUUCUUAUAAAAAUAAUUUAAUGAGUCAUCAACAUUUUAAUGAUGAUGAUCAAUUUAAAGAAAAUGGAAAUUUGGAAAUUGAUGAAGAAGAAGAAGAUGUUACUGAUUUAGGAAUUGAAUUGAAUAAACAAUCUGAUUCUCAGAAUGAUAAUAAUCAAGAAUUUGAAUCUUUGAAUGACAACAGUAAUGAGAAAUAUUUGAAUCAAGAAGAAGAAGAAGAAGAUAGUAAAAAUGAUUUUGCUCAAGAUGAUUUUAAAAUUAAUGAUAAUACAAAAAAUUUUAAACCUUUCCCACUUGAAAAAUAUCAAGAAUAUUGA